GACAGCCGUUGGCUGUCCGGGCAUGCUGGGAGUUGAAGUUUUGCAACAGCCGGAGGGCAACAGUUUGAGACCACUGCUAUAGACUAACAGGCAAUGUGCGGUUGAACUGAGCAUGUGCGACCGUUUUAGUGGAUGCCCUAAGAUGGCCGUAACCAAGGGCAACAAGGCACAACAAAGAAGGCGCAUGGGGGAUUAGUAACCCUAUCUUCAAGGACUUCCGGUGUGGGCAGCGUUUCUGUAUGAUAAUGUCCCCACCAGGAGCCCAGAGACGAGGAGUCGCGGGAAGCAGACCGUUGGGGCUACGGGGCACAAGAUUCUGCAGAGGGACUUCUUGUCCUGGAGAAGUCUUCAUGGUGGUCUGGGCUGGAUGGAGAAAGAAAGGAAAAGUGAACGAAUCCCAUCAGAGAAGACGUAACCUGUGAGUCACUGGAUGUAACUAUACUGCUCAAAAAAAUAAAGAUCAUAGAAGAGCAAACCCAGAAACGCGGCUACAAGACGGACGGCGAUGUAUCUGAGCUUUACCUGGGGAGAAGAGGACUGAAGGAGGUCCCCGACUUGUCAAGAUUUCGAUUAUUAAAGUAUUUGUGGCUGAACCAUAAUAAGAUAUCAAAAGUAAACUUUCUAGGUAACAAUUUCCGGAUGGCCGAGUUAUAUCUGAACGGCAACAAGCUCUGUGAUAUUACAGGAUCCCUGAAGCAUCUGACCUCCUUACAUACCCUAAUGCUGAAUGACAACCGUCUGACAGAUCUCCAGGCCACCGUGAAGGAGCUGAAAGGAAUGACCAACCUGCGCGUUCUGAAUUUAUUCCAAAACCCGCUGGAACAAGACCCCGGUUACCGCCAUUGUGUCAUCCACCACCUUCCUUCAGUGCAGCUUCUCGAUCGUGAACACGUCACACAGAAAGAAAAAGAAGAAGCCUUCCAGCUCUAUAACCCUCACAGAACGGCCGUCAUACAGUCCCUGGGUUUCGGGAGAAGAACGGACUCGGUCCUCGGCAGUCGACCAGCAGCUCAGAGCUCCACCGCCCAUAGAUCAUCUAAGAGCCGUGUCUGGUACUGCAGCUCUAAUCUCUUGCAGUUGAAGUUCUCUUGCAAUACCGCACAGGACCUUUGGAUGCGGGUGGCGCUGGUUUUUAAAGGACACAACCUAACUGAUUCCCAAGACAGGAUGGAAGAUUCCCGAGGGUUGACACCUCCUGUAGGAGACAUCACCUUCUUGUUGGUGAUGAUCCAAAUCUUAGAGAAGUUCUCCUGGAUCCCCUCAGACCGGAGGUUUGUAUCCUGUAUACAGGGAGACGGGAUUCUCUCGUACGGAGAGUUAUAGAUCCGGAGAGCGAACACGAGGGCCGAUCGAUUAAUGUGAUGAUACUCUAUGGGACCCUCGGGCUCCGGGCCCCUGCUCCUCUCAUACAGAGACCACCACAGAGCAUGUAAG